UGAACUAUCUAGACAAGUGUAGAUAAGAAGUCAGUAUCCAUGCACCUCCAGAAACUUGUAGACGUCUCCGCAAAAUAACAUCUCCCUCCGAACCCUCCAGAACCACCGCGAUAAACGCCCCUAAACCUGUAUAAAUCCACCGCCAUCCUUUCCUUCUCCUCAAUCGGACAAGAUCAAACACAAGAAAUCAAAAUCUGCGCCAAAGCUAAUCGCAAUAUACAUUACACAAUCAAUUAAGAAUCGAAGAGCGAAAUCUAUCAUCAUUGUGGAAAUGGAGAAAUCAAAGCUUAUCAGUUUCACCGGCUGCCUCCUCCUAGCCGCCAUUGCCGCCGCGGCAUUCCUCCCGGCGCCAACGCACGCGCUCAUCCCGUACACGCGAUCUCCGCUGCUGGAUCUGGUGUUUCCCCAGGACGAUCCGUUCAGGAUCCUCGAGCAGAGCCCGCUAACCAUCCCGAAGGCGGCUGAAUCGCUGGCCCUCGCGCGUGCGGACUGGAAGGAGACUGCGAAGGAGCACGUGAUUGCUCUCGAUGUCCCGGGGAUGAAGAAGGAGGACGUGAAGAUCGAGGUGGAGGAGAACAGGGUGCUGAGGGUGAGCGGCGAGCGGAAAGUGGAGGAGGAAUUGGAAGGCGAGAAGUGGCACCGGGCGGAACGGACUGCCGGGAAGUUCUGGCGGCAAUUCAGGCUGCCCGGGAAUGCGGACUUGGAGCACAUUAAGGCGCGUUUGGAGGAUGGAGUGCUGAAAAUCGCUGUUCCGAAGGUGAAUGAGGAGAAGAAGAAGCAGACCAGAGUGAUCAACAUUGCCGGCGAAUCCGCGGCCACCGGCGAGGAUAUUAAGGCGGCGAACAAGGCUGAUCUGUGACGAGUGACGACUCACUCCUUAUUACUCACUAUCUCAUUGCAUUUUUGUUUUUGUAUAAAAUAAAAGAUUUCGUGUUUUUUUUUCUAUUUUUGUAAUGACUCUUUGAGACAAAAUCCAUGUAUCAUCGAGCGAUCAUAUGUACUUACUCAGUGAUUAAAAGUCUAUUUGAAUAAAAGUCUCUUUUUCUAAAUAU